AUGUGCGAGGUUGUUUUCGAUCGGAUCCGCACUGCUUGCCAUCGGUCGCUGAGUUGCACGCACGGGCCGCUGCGCAGCGAAACGUCGAUCGAGCACGAGGUCGAGGAGGACGACGGGAAUAUUGUUUUUGGCGAUCCCGAGCACGGCUAUACACUGGCACUCACUUUUCGAAUACCCGACGCGAGAGCCCGCGGAUUGAAUCGUCUCUACUCACUGCUGGUUGUCUCGGCCGAUCACACGCUUCUCCUCAACAAUCAUCACUUUCUGCUGUCUGCGCUGCGGAGGAUUGCCGAUAAAAUGAAGGUUGUGAUGCGCAUCUGUGCACCCGCAGGCCAGUCAUUGCCAGCUGGAAUGUUUCCUGGAGCCCCUUGCCGAAACCCUACAAAUCCCACGCCGUCUUUCCAUUUGGUGCUCAACGGUAUCGAGGACCUCAUUUUGUGCUUGGUAUAUCGGUUUGACUGUUCUAUUACCUUCAAUUUAGAUGAAAACGUCUACAUGCGCGAGUUCAACAGCGAGCUGCCGACGAUUCUCUACAAGAAGGGGUACGAUGCGAUUGCAGCCACGCUUGAGGUGGGCGACUACGUGCUGUCGCCAGGAAUAAUCGAACGAAAAGCCCUCGACGACUUGACCCAAUCGCUGCAGAGUGGCCGCGGCUUCAAGCAGACCGAGCAGAUGGUGGCCAACUACGCGGCGGCCUAUCUGUUGACCGGGGCGAACACGAAAUUUGAGCUGAAGAUUGUCAAUGGCGGCCCAUUUCAGGGAGAACUGUCUCGCCAUUGCCGUGAGAUCCGCCAGCAGCUCUGCACCCUCAUCCCUGAACACUGUCGAUCCGGACGUCGAUGCGCGGUGGCCAUUCGAGGCGAUGAGGUCAACGAAGAAGAGCUGGCCACCCGGAAGAGCCCGGCAAGCCCAACGCCACCAUCCUGUGUCGCCGAAAAUCUGCCAAAUUUUAAUAAGGCGAAAGUCCAGAAGCUGAUGCUUGGCGGGGCGGCGAAUCUGGGCGAAAUCUUUCGCGGCACCCCGGAGAAGCUCGUCGAAUAUCUGCCCGACGACGGCGACACGCUCAGCCUUCUUUUCAAUUUCAAUUUCCGGGCCCAG